AUCACUAACUCAUGGUUUCUUUAUUUUGUGGGACAGCUGGUGUAUAUUGACCUGUGUCAUGAUUGUUGCAGGUAAAACUUCAAAUAAUGGAAAGCUGGAGCCUGAUCAUUCUGGUAAUAACGCCAGGUGUCUGGAGCGGAGACUGGAGUGUGACGUCUGAAAAUCAGUGUGCUUUGAAAGGAACAUCAGUAUUGAUCAACUGCAAAUAUGACUACCCUGUAGGUCACUUUGUUACUUCUGUCAGCUGGUUUAAAAACGUGUAUGCAUCUGGCAGAUGGGGACUUUUUCCUCUUGAUAAACUUACUUCAAGUCUGGACCACUUUAAAUAUUUGGGAAACUUCCGCGGCGACUGCAGUCUGAAGGUCAAUGAUGUACAACACACUGAUGAAGGAGCUUACUAUUUUCGUUUUACCACAACAUUCAACAGAUGGAUGAGCAUAAAACCGAUGUACUUGUCUGUGGGAGAGCUGACCACAGUCAUCGAGCCGAGCACUGUGACAGAGGGAGGUCAUGUCGCGCUGACCUGUAUGUCAGGCUGUCCUGAGCCUAAAGACAUUGUCUGGUUCAGAAAUGGGCAACCUGUGUCAAAUCCAGUCUUCCAGGCCAGGAGAGAGGAUGCUGGGGACUACUAUUGUGCAGUCCAUGGACAGGAAUCAGUCAGAUCCGCACCUGUGGCUCUGAAUGUUCAAUACGCUCCCAGAGAAGUGACACUAUCAGUGAGUCCAUGGGGAGACAUCCGCAGUGGAGGGACAGCGACUUUGACCUGCAGCAGCGAUGCCAACCCUCCUGUGGCACACAGCGGAUACAGCCUGUAUAAGGAUGGACAGCUUCUCAGUUCAGGGCAGAAUUACAUCAUCUCUGACAUCCUCCCCAGCGACAGAGGAUGGUACUACUGCCAGGCAUGGAAUAACAUCAGCUGGAGGGGCAUCGACUUGAUCAACUCGACAGAGGUUCACCUUGACGUUAGAUACCCUCCAACGAACAUUUCCAUUUCAGUGGAUCCACAGCUGUUUGAUGAGGGCAGCAGUGUCAAUCUGACCUGCAGCAGUGUGGCUAACCCCGCAGCAGACAGCUACAUAUGGUACAAAAUGGUUGACUCUGACGCCACCAGCUCCAUGCUGCAGGUGGGCUCAGGACAGCUGCUCUCCCUUCCCUCUGUGGAAGAGUCCCACGGUGGAGUGUACCUCUGCAAGGUCAGGAACAGUCUCGGGGAGAGCAACUCAACUCAGGUGCUGCUGUCCAUGCAGAGAAAGCAGGAUGGGCAGUCCCUCCCAGUCUUGGCUGGAAUUGGAGUUUCUCUUCUUGUGACACUAGUGGUGGCGCUUCUUCUGUUCCGGAAGAAACAGAAGACUAGCGCAGACAAGAAAAGAGUGUUUGACUCCAGGCUCAUCAGAACAAGAUCAAGAUCUUCAGCCACCGAAGAUCCACCUGACACCACUUAUGCUAACAUCCACCCGCUUCCAUCCUCGACUCCCUCUGUCCCUCCUCAGGCCAUUUCUACGGCUUCACAGAGGAGCUCACACCGGGUGGAUACCGCUUCUUAUGAAGAUGAGGUUACCUAUUCCACAGUGACCAUCAGGCCCAAAGACCCCAGUUUUCCACAUCACCUGAACUCCAACAGACAGCCACAGCACUCCUGGUCCGAAGCAAGAGAAAACAACGACUCUGUGAUCUACGCCUCUGUGUUUAAAUCCAGCUGAGUCUCUGCAUUUUGUCAUGUGCCCUCUUCCUCUCAAGAAAAUAAGCAAGUUUAAAGCUCAGUGUACCGUCAUCUUAAGGCAAACCUGUUUUCAGGAGUGUUAAAACGUUUGAAAACUAAAUGUUUUUUAUUGAAAUAAUUUUAAUUAUUUAUAGCAAUCAUGUUGUUGCACUGUUUAUGUUGUAAAAACACAACUGAUCAAAUUAAUAGCAUAUGAAAUUUUUAAAAAAACGUUUUAAAGGAUGGCAGGGAGAAAAAAUGACAUUUCUGUCAUUCCAUCAGCUAAGAGGUAAUGAGACUGGUUCAGCUUGUGAAUUAAUUUGUUAAUGGGAUUGAUUAAUAUAUUAUAAACAGAUAUGAGUCACAAUUUUAGCUGACAGGGAGGAGGAGAUUGGCGCUUUAGGAAUUUCUUCAAGAAUAAUAUUUUACUAUUUACAGACAGGACAAAGUGUGACUUUCUCAAGAAACAUCACAAACGAAUCCAGGUCUCGAUAUUCUUCCUGUGGGUGCAGGGGUGUACGCUGUGC